CCCCAACCUCUGGAGCGACGUCGUUUCAGCAUCUCUCUCGUUAGGAUCAUCUUCCUUCUUCACUAUCACACUCUCUUUCUCCUCUCAGAUGCCUCGUGCUUCAUCCAAGAAAGGCUCCAGCGCUUCAACCACUUCCUCCACCAUGGAUCUCUUUCGCUCUGCUUCAGGUAAAGCAGCAAGUAAAGAGUUAGACCGAAUCGAUCAAGUUUUUUAUACCUAUGCGAAUAAGUCAUCUGGUUUAAUCGACCCUGAAGGAAUUGAGGCUCUCUGUUCGGACUUGGAAGUGGAACAUACUGAUGUUCGCAUAUUAAUGCUGGCUUGGAAAUUGCAAUCGGAAAAACAAGGAUACUUUACCCUGGAGGAGUGGCGAAAAGGACUUAAAGCACUGAGAGCUGACACAUUCCAGAAGUUGAAGAAAGCUCUUCCCGAACUGGAGAAGGAGGUCAGAAGGCCAUCAAACUUCGUAGAUUUCUAUGCAUAUGCAUUUCGGUAUUGCUUAACCGAGGAGAAACAGAAGAGCAUAGACAUUGAGAGUAUCUGCGUACUGCUGGAUCUUGUUUUGGGCUCUCAAUUUCGGCCUCAAGUCGAAGCACUGGUUCAGUAUUUAAAAACGCAGAGCGAUUACAAGGUCAUCAAUAUGGAUCAAUGGAUGGGAUUUUAUAGAUUUUGUAGCGAGAUAAGCUUCCCCGACUUUAGCAAUUAUGAUCCGGAGCUUGCUUGGCCGUUGAUCCUAGACAAUUUCGUCGAUUGGAUGAUUGAGAAGCAAGGGUAGAUCAAAGACUCAUAUUAUAUAUAUACUUAUAUAUAUAUACACAUGAUUAGCACUCAUUCUUAUUUCAUAUGUGGGUUUUUUUUUUUUUUUUUUUUUUUUGAGGGGGCUUAAAAAUGCUCUCCUUUUUUUUUUUUUUUUUUUUUAAUCUUUCCUUCUUGUUUUCAACUGAUUGUCAGCUUUUAGAGACAAAAGAGUGUAGAUGAAAGUUAAAUCUCUUGUUUACAAACUCAUAUAUUAUUCACAUUAUUAUAUAGUUGCCUUCAUC